UCGAACACCAAACGUGUCCUUAUUUAUUGAAAACCCGGUUGGUCGAUUUUUAGUUAUUGAUCAAUUAAUUUCAUAUUGAAAAACAUAUCGUUUUCUGAGCCAAAAAGUGACUAACGAUGAUAGUUGAUUAUUGGAAAGUUUUGCUUUGUUUUAUAAUUAAUUUAUUCUUGAAUUAUUCAUAUAUCAAUGGAACAACUGAAGUGCUCAGGCCAAGAGGUGUACCGCUUACAAAAAAAUCUUUCUAUGAUCCAGGAAAAGAUUUUCAAUGUUUAGAUGGAUCGGCAACGAUACCAUUCUUAUUAGUUAAUGAUGAUUAUUGUGACUGUGAUGAUGGUAGCGAUGAACCUGGUACUAGUGCUUGUUCGAAUGGCCUUUUUCAUUGUUCAAACAUUGGUUUUGUCGAAAAAAUUAUUCCAUCAUCUCGUGUAAAUGAUGGCAUUUGUGAUUGUUGUGAUGCAAGUGAUGAAUACAAUAGUUCGAUUAAAUGUGACAACAAUUGUCUUGAAUUAGGCGAACAAAUGCGAAUUGAACGAGAAAGAUAUCUAGAACUUAUGAAACAAGGCAAUGAAAUUCGUCAGACUUAUAUUGCAACAGCUAAACAAAAAAUUGAUGAAACUAAAAAUGAAUUAGAAACAUUAAAAUCUCAAAUGAAUGAAGUGGAAAGCAUUAAGAAUGAAAAAUUUGAAGUCAAAAAUCAGGCUGAAGAAUUAGAAAAAGAAGCACUUGAAAAACAUCGAGCCAAAGAAGAAGAACUACGAAAACAAAAGGAAGAUGAAGAGAUGAAAAAUAGAGAAAUUGAAGAGACCGAACAAGCUUCACUUGUUUUCCAAAAACUUGAUACCGAUGCCGAUGGAAUCAUCACAUUGGAUGAAUUGAAAUCUUAUUCGAGAUUUGAUCGAAAUAAUGAUGGUUCUGUUUCUGAUGAUGAAGCCAAGUUUUACUCAAACGGCUUGGAACAACUUGUUCUACCCACAUUUAUUGAAUCAUCUUGGCCACUGGUUAAGCCAAUCAUUGAGAAUGAACCUCAGAAUCAAGAGGAACAAGCUUCUGAAUAUCAAAUAGAUGAUACUAAUCCUGAAACGACUAUUAAUGAAGAUGAAUCGCUUGAUCAUGCAGAAGAAUCUGACGAGCUUGAACAUGAGUCAGGUCGUCCAUUGAUUCCCACCGAAAGUACUGUGUCAUCGAUCACACUGGAAUAUGAUGAACCCACCCAAAAACUUGUGGAUGAAGCUAAAAACGCUCGCGAUGAAUACAAUCAAGCCGAAGGAAGAUAUCAAGAUAUUCAAACUAAAAUUCGUGAAUUAGAAGUUGUUUUAGAAACGGAUUUCGGACCAAAUGGUGAAUAUAUGGCGCUAAAGAAUCAAUGUUUUGAAUUGGAAGAGAAUGAAUAUGUUUAUAAACUAUGUCCAUUCGAUUCGGCUUCACAACGUUCAAAAACUGGUGGAACUGAAACAAAUCUUGGUCGCUGGGGAAAAUGGAUCGGUUCGGAACAAAAUCACUAUGAACGAUUCAUUAUGGAAGGUGGUACACAAUGUUGGAAUGGACCAGCAAGAUCGGUUAUUGUACAUAUAAGCUGUGGUGAUAUUAAUCAAUUAAUGCGUGCAUCCGAACCAAAUCGAUGUGAAUAUAGCUAUGAGUUCAAAACACCAGCUGCCUGUGUUUUGAAUCAAUCCAUUCAUGAAUCAACUGAUAAUGUCCAUGAACACAAUGAACUCUAAUUUAGAUGUUCAGAAUUUUUCCUGCUUGUAUUUAAUAAUAUUAUCAUUCUAAUCGCUA